AUGCCUGUACUUACCGUUGCCUUGAAGGCUCCUGGAGAGACUAUUCUCCCGGCUGUUGCGGUCGCCAGCUGUCUCUUGGAGGCCAAUCCUAAGGCUGGACUGUCCAUUCUCUACGAGGAAGUUGACAAAAUCGGAGGCAAGGGCGGAAAGGCAGAGCUCAAGCUCGACGACGGUACCUUGCUCUAUGACGAAGAGAUCAUCCCUUAUCUGAGAGACAAGUAUGAGGUUCUCCAGGCUGGAAACAAGGAGCAGGUCGAUGAAUGGCUGAAAAGAGCUCUCGAGUUCAGAUUACCGGACUUCAAAGCAAUGGAUAAGCAGAUGAAGGAAUUGGAAUCCCAUCUUACGCUCCGUUCUUACAUCGUGGGCUAUGGCUUGACAUUGGCCGAUUUGGUCGUUUGGGCCACCCUUCGCGGCAACCGUGUUACGUCUGGAGCUGUGAAGAGGUUUACAAACAGUGUUGGCAGAUGGUUCAACUUCAUCGAGACUAUGUACCCAUGGAUAGGUCAGGGUGCUGCUGAGAUGGCUGCUGGAGCCAUGAAGAAGAGAGCGGCAGCCAGUGCAGCUGGUGCCAGUUAUAACAUUGGGCUUCCUGAUACCGAGAAGGGCGUGGUUACUAGAUUCCCACCAGAGCCAUCUGGUUACCUUCACAUUGGCCAUGCCAAAGCUGCGUUGCUCAAUGACUAUUUCGCCCAUGAGGCAUACAAGGGGACGCUCAUUUGCCGAUUUGACGACACGAACCCUUCUAACGAGAGCCAGGAGUUUGUGGAUGCGAUCACUUAUGACUUGUCUUUGCUGGGAAUCUUCCCUGACAAGAUUUCAUUCUCUAGCGAUUAUUUUCAGCAAAUGUACGAGGACUGUAUCAAAAUAAUCAAAAGUGGCAAUGCCUAUGCAGAUGAUACCGAGAAGGAGCAGAUGCAGCAUGAAAGAUUUGAGGGAAUUGCUAGCAAACGUCGAGACGAGAGCAUUGAGGACAACUUGGCUCGGUUUGCCGAGAUGAAGACUGGAUCUGAAGAGGGCCAGAGAUGGUGCAUCCGUGCAAAGAUUUCCGUUGACGAUACAAACAAGGCCAUGCGGGAUCCUGUUAUCUAUCGCUGCAACCUGACUCCUCAUCACCGAACCGGAGAUACCUGGAAAAUAUACCCCACAUACGAUUUCUGUGUCCCCAUCCUCGAUUCCUUAGAGGGUGUCACCCAUGCUCUGCGGACCAACGAGUAUAACGACCGAAACCCACAGUACGCCUGGUUCCAGAAGACUCUUGGGAUCCGCAGCGUCCAUAUUUGGGACUUUUCGCGCCUCAACUUCAUCAAGACAUUGUUGUCCAAGAGAAAGCUAACCAAGAUCGUUGAUCAGGGCAUGGUCUGGGGCUGGGACGAUCCGCGAAUGCCCACUAUUAGGGGUAUCCGUCGCCGUGGUAUGACUAUACCUUCGCUACGUGAGUACAUCCUGAAGCAAGGGCCGAGCCGCAACAUCAUCAACAUGGAUUGGACUACCUUCUGGUCCAAUAACAGAAAGUAUAUUGACCCGACCUCCCCCCGCCACACGGCUAUUGACCAGGAAGACAUGGUGCCAGGCACUGUGUCCGGUGCCACCGACCUCGAGCCCAAGGAGAAACCAAAGCACCCCAAGAACCCUGAGCUCGGCACCAAGACCGUUUACUACUCGACGGACAUCCUGUUUGAGCAGGAAGACGCCAAAUCGUUCAAGCAGGACGAAGAGAUCACCCUGAUGAACUGGGGUAAUGCCAUCGUGCGCAAGAUCACCACCGACGCAGCAAGCGGGAAAGUCACCGGUCUGGACCUCGAGCUCCAUCUCGAAGGAGACUUCAAGAAGACGGAGAAGAAGGUCACCUGGCUAGCCAAAAACCAAGACCUAGUUCCAGCUGAGAUCUACGAGUUCGACUACCUCAUCACCAAGGACAAGAUCGAGAAGGACGAGGACUUUGAGCAAUUCCUGAACCCAAAGACAGAGAUCAAGCACACCGUCUUUGCUGACUGCAACCUGGCCACGUUGAAGAAGGGAGAGAGCAUGCAGUUCGAGCGCAAGGGCUACUACAUCCUCGACCGGGAGCCCAAGGAUGGUCAGCCUGCCAUCCUGUUCAACAUCCCGACCGGUAAGUCUGGAUAG